AUGAAUUGCAUUCAACAGUCGUCUGAAGACUUGAAUAAACUGCCAAGGUUGAAAGUGGCAUUGAACUUUAACCCUCUGGACAGCAAAGAUGGCAUCCUGAUGUACUGUUCCCAAAGCGAUGAAGGUCUUGGAGACUUUGUGGCACUUGUCGUCAAGGACAGACACGUAGAGUUCAGAUAUGACAUAGGUUCUGGCUUGGCGAUCAUCAAAUCCAAUCAUGUUCUUCAACCUGGUGUAUGGACACACGUAUCGAUAAACAGAGACUUCAAAGAAGGAAAUCUUACGGUGAAUGGGGAACCCCCGGUUGGAGGCAAAUCUCCAGGCACUGCGCGCACCAUGACACUCAACACCCCACUAUAUAUCGGUGGCGUCGACCGCAGGAGAAUCACGGUCAACCGAAAUUCCGGUGUCGAUCGCACUUUCCGCGGUUGUAUUAGCGACCUUGGAGUGUCUUCAAUGAACGUGGACAUACUAAAGUCAGCGAUAGACUCUGCCAACAUUGACGACUGCAACGUUCUCCGCCCAAAUCAAACAAAACUAAUCACCACAAUCACCACGACACAGUCUACUACGACACCCUAUGAUCCCUGUGCCUUGAAACCAUGCAUACAUGGAAUGUGUCAGAGCGCAGAUUCAAAUGAGUAUUCAUGUACCUGUGAAUAUGGUUAUGUGGGCAUAAAUUGUGAGAAUAUCCUAAAACAGUGCGAACUCCUUCUCCCCUGCAGGAAUGGAGGAUCCUGCAUGGAUCUCCAUGGGUCCUAUAAGUGUGACUGUCGACUUGGUUACAGUGGACAGAAUUGCGAAAAAUUGGCAGAAAUAACAUACGAUGUGGCAUUCAAGGGUGACGGGUGGCUGGAAUUAGACAGAUCUGUAAUGGUCCAUAACGAAGAGCGUGACGUUGUGGGUUUUGAGAUCUCGACGAACAAAACCAAGGGAUUGAUUAUGUGGCACGGACAGUCACCGAAUGACCUCAAUCCUGAUCAUUACAUGGCCCUUGCAGUAGUCGAUGGAUACGUGGAGUAUCAGUACAACUUGGGCACUGGUCCAGUUAUUAUUCGUGUCACUGCUCAAAAAGUGGAUGACGGAGAAAGACACAGGAUAAUUCUGAAACGCAGAGGUAGCGAUGGCAGCAUAGAAUUGAAUGGCGAGCACAUGGAAAGUGGUGCCAGUUAUGGGACGCAGCAAGAUCUGAAUACCAGGGGCAGCGUUUACUUGGGUGGUGUGCCUGACUACACUAUGACUUAUGGAAAAUACCAAGAAGGCUUCUCCGGUUGUAUUUACACCAUGGAAGUGCAGGACUCGGGAGCUAUCGAUAUCGGUGAAAAAGCCAUACGAGGGAAGAACGUUUCUCCGUGCACAAGCAAGAUAAACUGUCAUGUGACCUGGACAAUAGACUUCCAAUGCGUGGUGAUCUUGGAACAUUUCAAUAGGAGAACACUACAUUGAUAUAAUACAGUACUACCGCAAACUGGUACGUAUAAAAUUAUUUUGAAUUAAUACAUCUACCUGCCAAGUGUGUUUUUUAGAUUUAUAUAACAGACAAUGUGACAUUUGUUUACCAUGUGAUCACU